CAGACUCAGCUGCAUUUCUCACCGACCGCGCGCGGAAAGUUUCUACAGCAUAGUCGGUUGCAUCGAGUAGCCUACACACGCCGCCGUUUCAAAAAUAAAAAGCAGAGAAGGUCAUAAAUCGGAUAGGUACAUACGACAUGCAAGAAGAGGGAGAAAAGGGCACCUAGUGUUGAUUAUUUAGGGUGCUUCCCGUCUUGGAUUUAUGGCAUGCAGCUGUUAGUUGUCUGACAGACGUCCGAGGUCUCGAAAACCAUCGCUGCACAGAAGCCGAAUUUCCAGUAUAGAAGAAGCAGCGCCCUAACACCAGACAACGCAGAUGGUGCGGGAGCAGUACGUCCGGUCCACCCUGGACUCCAGCCUGCCUGAUCUCCCCCCCGACUACAUCCACAGGAUCGGCAUCUACGGCUGGAGGAAGCGCUGCCUGUACCUCUUCGUCCUGCUCCUCCUCAUCAUCCUGGUGGUCAACCUCGCCCUGACCAUAUGGAUCCUGCGGGUCAUGUGGUUCAACUCGGAGGGGAUGGGCCUGCUGCAAGUCAAUGCGGACGGGGUGAGGCUGGAGGGCGAGUCCGAAUUCCUGUUCCCACUGUACGCCCAGGAAAUUCACUCCAGAGAGGACUCAUCUCUUCUCAUACACUCUCCCGAAAAUGUCACAGUUUUCGCCCGCAACGAAAACGGGUCUGUGACCGGCAGCCUGUUUGUGGGUCCAGACCAGGCCGAGGUGUUCGGGCAGUACUUGAAGAUCACCUCGGACCCAGAAAAGAUGCUGUUCACCGCCAGUGAGGCGGAGUCUGUUGUUGGGGUGAACAAGCUUCGUGUCACUGGGCCAGAAGGAGCUCUGUUCGAACAUUCUGUGGAGACGCCCCUGGUGAAAACAGACCCUCUCAAAGACAUUCUCCUGGAGUCUCCUACCCGCUUCACCAGCAUGGACGCCCCGCUGGGCGUGCACAUCAAGGCCAUGGGCGGGAACAUCGAAAUCGCCUCCAACGAGGACAUCCUCCUGCACGCCCAGGACAAGAUGCUGCUCCUGGAUGCUGAGACGGUGCGGUUGCGGCGCUUGCCCCAGGGAGAGGCCGGUGUGUCGGGGGGGCCGCCCCAGGAGCUGUACGAGGUCUGCGCCUGCCCCACCGGGAAACUCUACAUCUCCCUGGCCAGCAGGACCUCCACCUGCGACAGGAACCAGCUCUGCUAGAGGACCCCCAGCGACCUGACCUGGCCCCCUCCCCACUGACUCCGUUUGACCUAAACACCAAACCUAUCGUCUGUGUCAAAGCUCUGGGUGUCCUACACACAGCUUUAACCCUCCUGUUAUGUUCAGAUUUUAUGACCGGUUUUACGUUUGGGGUCAAACCCAACAGUUGAACUAAACACAAAAAAAAUUGUUUUUUUUGACACAUGGUACUACAAUUCAAAUACUAGCUUUUUAUAAAAAAAUAUGAAAAAUCUCUGCAAAUAAUUUCAGAGCCUAAGGAACAGUAAGUGAAAGUCUUGCACCUGUAUAGGAAAGUGCCACCAGAAUCACUCAAUAAUAAAAAAAAAACAUUUUUAAAUGGUUGUAUAUUUAACUAGAAAUGUAUUAGAAAAUUUGAAAAAUCAUACAGUAUCAAAUAUAAAAAAAGGGUAAAUAGUUUUUUAAGAGAUGCUGAAUGUGGUCAAAUUGACCUAAAGCAUAAUAGGAGGGUUAAACUAAUUUAGGGAAUAAGUUAGGGAAUAACACGUUUAGUCGCCUUUGACAGAAUUUGCCAGAAACGGCGGGAUUGAGGGGCGAGCUCAGUCCUGCCUCAGUGUGGUUGCCGUAGUAACAUAACAUCUGGCCUCGACCCCGGGCACGCCUUGUGUUCACACGCCAUUUUAGUGUCGGAAAUGUGUUGAGAUUUGCGGAGGACAUUUUAAAACUAUCCCCAGGUUUAGGUGCGGCUGCGACAUGCAGCCAGAAGAUACAUUCAAGAUUUUAAAAAACAUUUUCCUUUUUUAUUUUCCUGAGUGAGGGCUGGGUAACGUGGAGCUGGGAGCAGCUCAUGUGCUAUGCAAUAUGUGUUUUUUGUGGUGCAAUAAUAAUGAUGAGGGUGUAAUUGAAUGAAUUACUUGUGCAGGUUGUUGUGGCUGCACAGUGACACCUAUAUGUGACCUGCUCUAUCAAAAGUCAUAUUGGCCCCAAAACAUACUGAGUUUUAGAUACUAAUUGAAAGAGGAGGUAUGUUUUCUAAUGAUCCCAAUGUUGUCUCUACUCCAGAUAUCAAGGGAGUUGUGUCCUGUUUUGAGUUCUACCAAAGCAUGUUUUAGAGUGACAAGCUGGCUAGCCUCCAAAGAAUGUCCAACUCCGGUGUUACUUACACUUUGACAGCUUGUGUUUAAAAGCUUAAAAACUGUAUUUUUACUCUGAAUUUGGUAUUGAUGUAUUAUGUUUGGGGCCAAUUUGACCCCAUUUAGUGUUUGACAUCUCUUAAAAUCUUGCUCCAUAUUGAUACUGGAUGAUUUUUCAAAUGUUCUAAUUUGGUGGGAUUAAAUGGUAAACAUGCAAUAAACAUACUGCUAUGCUAAGUCCUGUACCAACUUUGCAAACAAAUGUGUUGUGUGGGGUUCUAUUGACCCUCUGUAACUGUAUAAAAUGUAAGAAAAUGUACAACCAUUUUUAUUUUUAUCUCAGAUCAGAAGGCGAGAAAUGUGAAAUUGGCCAUUACGACUGAUUAUGAUAGAAAGGGUGAUAUAUGCACAAUAAAAGCACAACGUUUUCACAACACAAUUCGUUUUUACCUUCAGACAGAAUAAAAAGCUGUGGUUCUUGUAUAAGAAUGGGCAGAUGGCAGUUGUACUGUUGGGUGAUGACUUUGUUUUCUUACAAGCUGCAGGACAGUAUAGGGAACUGAUGCAGUUUUAAAGGCAAAGGGUGUUCACAACAAAUAUAGAUUUUAUUUCGUUUUUAACUGUUCACUGCUCUUUAUAGAUAUUGUUCAUUUUAUAUUUUUGGAGGCUUCUUCACUUUUUAGAAUUUUAUGCUUAAGACUUGUGCACAGUAUGGUAUCUAACCCAGUUCAGCGGCAAAAUGCCAUGACAUAAUGCUAGACCUCAUUUGUGUCAUUCAGAAACUUUUUGAGAUCUUGCACACUUCCAUGAAGACAUGACCUCCAGGUUCUGCAGAUUUAGUUAUUAGUUUUAGUUUUUGAACAUGAAACUCAAACUUGUAUACAAGCCACAGGACCGAUUCCUGGUGUGUUUCCAUUAUCAUUUUUGAGGCUAAAAUAUUUUAACACUGCCAAUAAACCUUGUUUUUUUGUUGAUAGGCUCACUUAGAAACCUGCCAAUUCAAGCAACGAUCAGGCAUCUGCAAGAAAUUCCUCUUUUUCUUGUUUGAAUCUGUAACAGAAUCUUAGUGUGUCCUAUUAAACUGGAACAGGAAAACAUUGUCAAUUUACAUAAUUUAUAGUAGGUAAGUCCGUUUUAACUUUAUGGGGAUCAUAUGCUGUAAAUAUUUUUGAAUCUAAUGUGCCCAGAGAUGAUAUGCUCAGUCCUUCCAAUUUGGAGCAGGUUUUACGAAUUAAUCCAUUACAUAUUAUUGCAAACUAACUUAUGUCAUGUGUAGAUUCCUUAAAUUUACACACAUAACUAAUAACCAAUUUUGUGUGAGGGUUUUUCGUGUGGUGUAAAAAAUAUAAGAUUGUAUUUUCAAGCUUUCCCCUGUUAAUUUCAUGUUAGUGAAGUGGAAGUGUCCUUUUAGCUGUUUAUCCUAAAAUGGUUUCAUUGUUCCACUACAGAUGUUUCUGAGGAAACCCUUUGUUGAGAGAAAUUAAGUCAAGAUGUGAAGGUACUGCCCUCUAGUGGACACUUGUCAGUACUUCUAAAUAAUACUAUUUAUAACGUUCGCUCAGCUCUUUAAUUUUAAGUGAGCAUGAUUUCACUAAUAUUCCUGCAAAAUAAAGACAUAUGUACAGUG